GGAUCGCCGUCGACGGUCCGAGCUCAAAGAUGAACGCACGCGAAGGGAGGAGGAUUACGAUUUUGUUUGGAAGCGAAACGGGAAAUUCGGAAGAUUUAUCGGAAAGAAUAAGCAGAGAAGCGAAGAGGAGGCAUUUUCGCGCGAAACUGUUUUGUAUGGACGAAUAUCCGAUAGUAAAUUUAAUCGAAGAGAGAUUAGUGGUGUUUGUAUGUUCUACUACGGGACAAGGCGAAGAACCGGAAAACAUGAAGCAAUUUUGGAAGUUCCUAUUAAGGAAAAAUCUGCCUUCUAACUCCCUACAGAAUAUGAAAUACUCCGUAAUCGGAUUGGGCGAUUCUUCCUAUCGAAAUUUUAAUUACGUGGCCAAGAAGCUGCAUAAAAGAUUGAUGCAAUUGGGAGGAAAUCCCUUUAUGCCUUUAGCAUUGGGUGACGAUCAACACGAAUACGGUUACGACGGUAUGAUUAAUCCUUGGUUGGAUAAGUUCUGGUCAAAGUUGUUGGAGAUGUAUCCCUUGCCCAAUGGCACUCGGAUCGUCGGUGAGGAUGUGUUGUGGCCGCCCAGAUUUAAAGUGGAAUUGGUGGAGGAAGACGGUGUUGGAGGUAAAAAUCCUUUAGACGGAGACCGUUCGGAGCAUAGGAAUGUGGUUACGCUGAUUAGUAACCGGCGUGUCACCUCGCCGGAUCACUUUCAGGAUGUCCGUCUCGUACGGUUGAAUGUCGAAGAUAGUGACAUUUUGUACAGUCCCGGGGAUGUAGCAGUUCUUGAACCGAGUAAUUUAGAAAAAAAUGUAGAUGCCUUCUUGAAACUACUAAACAUAAAUCCUGAACAAAAAUUUCUAGUUUGUCAAAAUGAUCCGGACAUUUCAGUUCCUGACAAACUGAGAAGAAUGCUGUCGGUUCGAGAAUGUGCCGAAAAAUAUUGGGAUAUAUCAUCAAUACCAAGAAGGUCAUUUUUUGAAUUAUUCUGGCAUUUUAGUCAAUCAGAAUUGGAAAAGGAGAAAUUAGUUGAAUUUUGUCAGCCAGAAGGUCAAGAGGAGUUAUAUUCUUAUUGCAAUCGCCCGCGUCGAACUAUACUGGAAGUACUGCAAGAUUUUCCUCAUACAACACCUCAUGUACCUUUUGAAUAUUUCUUUGAUCUUAUUCCUCCAAUUAAACCAAGGUUAUUUUCUAUCGCUUCGUCUCCAUUAGCGCAUCCUGGAGAAGUCCAUUUACUCGUGGCCGUUGUAAAAUAUAGAACUAAACUCCACACUCCUCGUGAAGGUCUGUGUUCCAAUUGGUUAGCCUCGUUGCAACCCGACGACAACAUCAGAUUGUCGUUAUCUAUUAAAAAAGGGUCUAUCUCUUUACCGUUGGGAAACAAACCUCUGAUUAUGAUAGGUCCCGGAACAGGUUGUGCUCCGUUCAGAAGUUUCAUUCACGAACGUUGUUGUAAAAAUAUUGGAAAUAAUUAUUUAUUUUUUGGCUGCCGAAGGAAAGCUGGAGAUUUUUAUUUUGAAUCGGAAUGGAACAAUUUAAUUCAGAAAAAUAUGUUAAAUUUAUAUGCAGCAUUUUCAAGGGACCAAGAAGAAAAAGUCUAUGUGCAGCAUAAAAUGCUGGAGAAUAAAGAAUUGAUAUGGAAUUUAAUAAAUGAUCACGGUGCCUGGAUUUACGUUGCCGGCAAUGCCAAGCAAAUGCCUCAGGAUGUACGUAGUGCACUUUUGAACAUUGUAAAAGAUUGCGGUAAAUUAAAUGCAGACGAAGCAGAAAAUUAUCUGAAGAAUCUCGAAAAGAAUAAAUGUUUGCAAUACGAAGUAUGGUCUUAACCUAGGUAUUGAUUAAAUUUUGUACCAAAGAUUUACAAUGUUAAUUUUUAGACAGCUUUUAGUAUUUUUUUUUUUUAAAUAAGUUUAUAGGUGCUUUACUUUUAAUGUAAGGAC